GUCAAUUUGUCUCAAUGUCAUCGUCAUGUCAUUACAAUUUUUGUAAACUUAAACAACGUGAAAUAUAAGAACUUGAUGAAAAUUGUAGAAAAGUAGAAAAAAUCGAUACCUUCACAGAGUAUAAUUGGAAACCACCAAAAUGAGAAUUACUGUAAAAAAAUUGCAGGGCGGCGAAUGCAUCUUGGACAUACUUCCAACCACAACAAUAACCGAAAUAAAGGAACAAGUGUUUAAAAACCUAGGUAUUCCGGUACAAGAGCAAAAGUUACUGUUAGUUGGUAGAACACUAGCAGAUGACCAAACAGUCGCAGCAUAUCCUACAAUCAAAGACGGAUCAAAAAUAAAUGUCGUUGUUAAAAAACCGGAAGGACAAAUUAUAAGAACAGCAGAACCACCUAAAAAGCCUGAAUCAUCAGCCAAAACACCUGAGGUACCAGCUAAUCUUGAGAGACCAAUAAAAAAACCUAGAGAGUCGAUUUUAAGCCCUGAAGAAACAGAGUCAAACCCUGAUGGACUGUACCAAGUAUCGAAAAAAAUCUUUAAAAAACAAGGCAUGAAUGAAACUGAAGCCACAAAUACUGCAAAGAAGUUAGUCAGAGUAGUUGAAGAUAAAUUUAAGCAAAUGUCAUGGGAUGAUAUUGAUAAAUUAUGUUUAGAUUGCUUGAUGGACGAGAGAGGCAUACAACGAACUACCAUGGAAAAAGACCCAGAAUGUGAAGAUGCAUUGUGACCACACAUACUAUGUAAAUAUUGAACUGUGUUUUUAGAGUUGUGAUGUCAAAAAAGACUUAAGAAACUAUGAUAGUUUUGUUAUAAUUUGUGUAAAUACAUUUGAAGAACCCUAUGAUUAUGAAUAAUUAAAAUGCUGGAUCCAUUGUUAAUUUAAUAAGGAGUCGUCCAUUGAUUAUUUAACGUUUUUACCUACUUUUUGGUCACCAUCCUCCAUUAGCGAUUUGUUUUGAGGCUAUCCCUCCCCCAUUUAUGUCUAAAAUCACAUUAUUUUUUUGUGCAAAGUAAUAUUGUUAAAAAAAAUAACUUAGUCAUUUAACUUAUGUUGUAAAUCAGAAAAUAAUUACUAUGAUAUCUCAUUUUAGCCCUAUCUUGUGAUGUUUUGUGAUAUUUUUCAGAACUCCCCUGUCAUAGCUUCUUGUGUUUAAUGGAAGACUCUUAAAGAUAUUAAGCCUAAGUAACUACUAGCCACUACAAUAGAAAUAAAAUUAAGCUGUUAAAUGAAGUUAUUUAAAAAUAAAGUGAAGUUUAAUUUGUA